GUGCGUAUUUUAAACAGAUCCUGAUUGAAAAAUAGAGGAAGGAAAGUUCUUCCUCCACAUGCUCCUUUCCUCUUUGGCCAACGUCUCUCUCUCUCUCUCUCUCUCUCUCUCUCUCUCUCUUAUUAAAACAGGCCGUCUGAGCUCCUUUCAUGCACCUUCCAGCAGAGAUUGCAAUGGCCCAUUUCAUUAUUUUAUCCCAGUUGCAGUAGAGAGAGAGAGAUAGCAGGCAUGGAUGUUUCAAAAUAUGCUCAGAGUCCUGUGCAUCAAGCGAUUGCUACCCGGGAUUAUGCAGCUCUCCGGCGCAUACUCGCCGCUCUUCCGAAGCUCCGUGACCCGACUGAGAUACAAACAGAGGCUGCUUCGUUGGCUGAGGAAGAGAAGGCGGAUGCAAUCUCUGCUGUUAUUGAUCGUCGGGAUGUCCCCAACCGAGAGACCCCUCUCCAUCUUGCCGUCAAACUCGGGGACGCGACUGCAAUUGAGAUGCUGAUGGCUGCAGGGGCGAACUGGAGCUUGCAGAAUGAGCAGGGCUGGAGCGCUCUCCAGGAAGCAAUUUGCCUGAGGGAAGAAGCAAUUGCCAAGAUAAUAGUCAGGCAUUACCAGCCGCUGGCAUGGGCAAAAUGGUGUAGGCGGCUGCCUCGAGUGAUUGCAACGAUGCAGAGGAUGAGAGAUUUUUACAUGGAGAUUACAUUCAAUUUCGAGAGCUCUGUGAUCCCUUUCAUUUCGAGGAUUGCACCCUCAGACACCUACAAGAUUUGGAAGAGGGGGUCGAAUUUGAGAGCAGACAUGACUUUGGCUGGUUUUGACGGUUUCAGGAUUCAGCGAUCGGAUCAGAGUAUUUUGUUUCUUGGGGAUGGGUCAGAGGACGGGAAGGUGCCACCUGGGUCCCUCUGCAUGGUUUCACAUAAGGAAAAGGAGGUGAUGAAUGCAUUAGACGGUGCUGGUUCUCAGGCCACUGAAGCCGAGAUCCAACAGGAAGUUGCUGCAAUGUCCCAGACUAAUAUUUUCAGGCCUGGGAUUGAUGUAACACAGUCAGUGCUCUUGCCACAGUUAACAUGGAGAAGGCAGGAGAGGACAGAGAUGGUUGGACCAUGGAAAGCCAAGGUUUAUGACAUGCACCAUGUGGUUGUGAGUGUCAAGUCCAGGCGGGUCCCUGGAGCCAUAACGGAUGAAGAUUUAUUCUUGUCCCCGAAUGAGAAUGAUACUGAGAGCGAGGAGUACGGGGACCUCUUGACGGAUGAAGAACGGAGGCAAUUGGAGGUUGCCCUCAAAAUGGAAUCUUCGGACUCAGCCGACGACAGUCUCUCUGAUGGCUUUGUUGGGCCCCGACACAGCUGCUAUCAACAAAGGGAUAUCCCUAUUGAAGCGGCGCGUGUUUGCAGCAAUGGCGAGGUGAAGCAGGAGAAAAAGGGGUGGUUUGGCAACUGGGGGCGGCGGGCUUCCAAACAUGAAGCACAAAUGAAGAUUGCCCCACCAAGAAGUUCUCUUUGUGUUGAUGAGAAGGUAAGCAAUCUCCUUGGGGAAUCUCCUAAUGAAUUCCAGGGCCAACCGGGAAGGCAUUCUGUGGAAGUUUCCAUUAUGGGAGAGGAUCACCCAAGGGCAAGGGAUAAAGAUUUGAGAAAGCCUGCUACGAGCUCUGAAACCAGACAGAGGCGCAAGGACACUAGCCGUGAGAGUGAGUACAAGAAAGGAUUGAGGCCUAUUCUAUGGCUCUCACCUAACUUCCCUCUUCAGACUGAGGAACUUCUGCCAUUGCUUGACAUUAUAGCAAACAAGGUCAAGGCAAUACGCCGUUUAAGGGAACUACUUACGACAAAGCUUCCUCCAGGAACAUUUCCAGUUAAGGUUGCUAUUCCGAUAGUUCCUACUAUCAGAGUGCUGGUUACAUUCACAAAGUUCGAAGAGCUACAGCCAUCAGAUGAUGAGUUCUGCACACCUCCAUCAAGCCCGGGCAACCCCCGUUUCACAGGCCGUGAAAGCCCAGCCCCACAGUCCUCUAGUUCAUGGCUUCAGUGGAUAAAGGCCCCUUACCGCCCUGGCUCCUCCAUGAUAUCAGGCCCCAGCCCCAGCAGCCGGGUGGAAGAUAUUCAAGACCCAUUUGUGAUACCUCCAGAUUAUACUUGGAUAACAGUCGAAGAGAAGAGGAAGAAGAUGCAAGAGAAGAAUGGAUCGAAGAAGGGAAGAGGUCCAAACCGUUGAAGUGCAUGGAAAUGGGAUGGCUGGAUUUUUAUCGAGGAAAUCAGUAUGAUCCCACAUGACUGCCCGGGUAGCUCGCUGGGGAGGAGAAGUUCCAUUUCCCGUGGCCCGCUUAGAUACCGGGACAACAUCAUCAAGGCCAAUCGACGAUCAAGGGAGCGGUAGAUCCCGCAAGGUAAGUUUGGAAAUCAUUGAAAAAGAAAAACAACAACAACAAUAGUUGUAUAUGUUGGAAGUGAUUGUAACAAAUAUUUGGAUUUGCGGGUACAUUAUUUUCGUGAAUGUUCAUACACCAUUUAUCUUCUUGA